CCAAAGGAAAUCAACAUCCCUGCUGUAGCAAACCAUAUACCUGGAAGUCUCAGCGUCCCCUCCCAGUACUUUCAUUUGUAUGCUUUCUUGCAGUUCUUUGACAAAUAUCUCCUUUUCCCCCAGCCCUCACUGGUUCCAUCUUGUUUCUGGCGACCUGACCGCUGCUAACUUAGUAUCCAGUCAGCGCCGCCACGACAGUACCCCAGAGGUGUCCGUGCCCAACGCUCUGCAAUCCAGUGCUCAGCUGCUCUGGUAUGACGCCGUACUUUCGUCCGACACUCGCUUCGUCAUUCCACUCUCGUCUGCUUUUCUAUUUCUUCCGAUCUUGACCCUCAUCGUACACAUUCUGGGUCUUGCUCUGUUCCAGCAAAAUCCGACGGGAUUCUUCUGGUUUCCCACCCUUUCUAGUCUAUCCUAGCGAUCGCGAGUUUAUUAACAUAGGAUUCGCCUAAGACCUGCUAGGUGAGGCGCCACACCUGCUGAUACGCUCUAAAUCCUGCACCAGGCUCAAUACCUGGGUCGAAGACCCUUUACACUAAACGCAAUCGGGUUCUGUGCUUCAUUAAUUAUCUCCCGGGGCGCCAUUCCUCGCCAGCUCGAACCGGUCAAGCGGAUUUCGGACGAUAUCUCAGCUGAGUAAGGUCACGCCGUAAAUAAAUAGACUCUAACGAGCUUAUUUUCCAUCAUCUCAGCUCAAUUGGUCGACUGCGACGAGGCUCAGCUGCCUGAAAAGAGUAAAAAAAAGAAAGAAAAAAAAGAAAAAAAAGAAAAAAGCAAAACACAGUGUGACCACACAAGUGAUACGGUUCACUCUUGUGAACAAGGCUUAUACAUUUCUUGCAAACCCUUUCUUUUCUAUUUCAAGCUAAAAUUUCAUCUGUGC